AUGGCCUCGCAUAUGCCGCCGGCCACAGGCGCGGGGGCCUCAGCCCCUCGAAAGGUCGAGGAAAUCACCCAAAUGGCGCAGAACUAUGAUUACAACCCUUCGAUUCCUCUGCGGUAUUGGUUAAGAACCGCAGCGACUCUACUGAGAGAGGCUCGUAUAUACGAACGAGAGGGGCACGAUGAACAAGCGUACUUCCUUCUAUUUCGCCAUGCUCAGUUGGUGCUGGUAAACCUGGCAAAGCAUUCGGAAGCCAAAGAUGAGCAGAAUCGGAAAGCUCUGAUGGAAGCAGAGAAGGAAGUUAGCAGGAAUCUUGAAAAGUUGGAGAUUCUCAGACCUCGAAUCAAUAAACGACAUAAACGCUAUACAGAGUUGAUGAAUGAUCGUCAAGCUCGAAGCCCACCUUUAGGAACGAACCACACCGCACCGAACCAGCAGCAGCCCCAGGAUCCCGCAUUAGUAGGUGUUGCCGAGCCUCUGGAGGCUGGCGAGAACCGAGACCUGGCGGUCAAACUAGCGAGGACGGAAAUACACCGGAGGGCUACGGCCAGGAAAGCUGUACGUCAAGCUGGGAUAACACCCCAAGAGGAGCAGCGCCGGCGCACGGCAGGUAUCUGGGGCGACUGGGAGAACGCUCUGGACAAGAAUGGCCCAGAGACGGACAAUGACUUGAGUCGACGGAUUCAAAAUAUCUCCACGCCCCUGACAUCCGCAGCUCAAACACAAGCUCCAGCUCCUCCGGCGAAAGUAAAACCAGUCGCAGAUGGUGGGGAUGGCCGGUCAAACCUGGACCCUUCUAGCUUCACCUUCAAACCGUCCGCCUACCUGGAGAAUGGCACCCCUCUCCGGACGGUUUUCCUGCCCCCCGAGCUACGGUCAACGUUCCUUUCGCUGGCCGCUUCGAACACACGACGCAACCUGGAAACAUGUGGUAUACUUUGUGGGACUUUAAUAUCCAACGCUCUGUUCAUCUCCCGACUUCUCAUCCCCGAGCAAACUUCCACAUCGGACACUUGUGAAACGGUGAACGAGACUGCCAUAUUUGAGUACUGUGACUCGGAGGAUUUGAUGAUCCUCGGCUGGAUUCAUACCCACCCGACCCAAACUUGCUUCAUGAGCUCUAGAGACCUGCAUACUCACUCUGGAUACCAAGUGAUGCUUCCUGAGAGCAUUGCAAUCGUCUGCGCUCCGAGCAAAACGCCAGACUGGGGCGUUUUCCGGUUGACUGACCCGCCCGGGCUCAAGACAGUCCUCAACUGUACGCAGCCCGGUUUGUUUCACCCACACGCCGAGACCAACACCUACACCGAUGCGCUACGACCCGGGCAUGUGUUCGAAGCCAAGGGCCUCGAAUUCGAGACGGUGGAUCUCCGCCCUAACGGAUCCUAA